GAUUAUUCUACUCUUGCCGGAAAAAAAUUAUUUAUUUAGCAUCUGCAGCACCCAAAAUAACAAAACAAACAAACAAGAUAUUGUUUUACGAUAAGGCAUUAUGAUAGAAGCUCUAGCAUUGCAAGAUUCUCUGCAUUUGAAAGAAUGAAGCAGGUAAUUAUUGUUGGUGCUGGAGUCUCUGGGUUGGCUGCUGCUUCAAGGCUUAUUCAUAAUGGCUUAAGCCCUUCGAGUGUUACAAUACUAGAAGCUCAGAAUCAUAUUGGUGGAAGAGUCCACACCAUUGUGACCAAUGAAGGAAUUCCAUUGGAGUUGGGGGCCCAAUGGGUACAUGGCCAAGAAGGAAAUGUUGUAUUUGAAAUGGGUAAAGCAGCUCAGGAGCUAAAUACUGAUAUUCAGACUUUAGAAUCCAGUGGUUUUGCUGAUAAUGUAGUCUUUGGUUUUGAAGACUACAAAAUAGAUAAAGAACAAGUAAGGGAACUUAUGCAGGUGAUAGAAUCCCUAAAAGACACUUCCAAAAGUGAUCUGUCUAAAUGGAACAAAUCCUUGGGAGAGUAUUAUGAAGAAAGAUUUAAGGAAUUUCUCGAUGGAGGUUCGCUCUCUAAGUUGGACCGUUCGAUAGCGCGAGCCUUUUUUGAGUGGUACCAUCUGAUGGAAAAUGUGAUAGAUGGAUCAGAUAACUGGGAAGAAACGUGUGGGUCGGGGCACUUACAUUACCAAGAAUGUCCAGGAGAUCCUUUAGUCACAUGGAAACGAGGAUAUAGCACCCUUUUCAAUAUCCUAAUGAAAAAUUUACCAUGUUGUCACAACGGUCUUCAAAUGCCCCUUUCAGAUCGUAUUUUGCUCAAUAAGGCAGUAGAUACCAUUGACUGGGAUCCUGUCUGCGAUACUGCGGAAGGCGAAAAAAAAAUUGAAAUUACCUGUACAGACGGAACACUGUAUGUGGCCGAUUUCGUUAUAAUCACUAGUUCUCUUGGAUUCCUGAAGUCGAACUUUGAUAGCUUGUUUGUUCCUUCUUUGCCGCCCUUCAAAAAGCGAGCUAUUCAGGGUCUUGGCUUUGGAACAGUUGACAAAAUUUUUAUCAAGUUUAAGAACCCUUGGUGGAGUUCCGAUUGGGGAGGAGUAUCCUUGUUGCGGCAACAUCCCGAAGGAGUAAAAAGCAAUGCUUCUCGUAGUCAAUGGUCAGACCAUAUUCUCGGGUUUUACACAGUGCGCCUUCAUCCGAACAUACUCAUUGCAUGGGUUACUGGGAAAGCGGCACGUGAAGCCGAGAAAUUAUCCGAAAAUGAAAUUCUGGAAGUCUGUUCUACGCUUUUAAAAAAAUACGUAGGGGCAGAUUUUGCCUAUACAGAACCCAUAGGAUUGAUCCGUUCAACGUGGUUUAGCAAUCCUUUCACCCUGGGAUCGUACAGUUACCGAUCCAUGAAGUCAAAAGAGAUGAACGUGUGGGCAUCUGAUCUUGCUCAGCCGGUCUAUGAUUCCAGUGGCUAUCCUCGGCUCUUUUUCGCUGGCGAGGCAACGCACGAUUUUUUCUACAGCACAGUACAUGGUGCGGUAGAGACUGGAUGGAGAGAGGCGGAUCGUAUAGCUAAAUAUUGUAACGGGUUUCAAAAUGCAAAACUCUAACGUAAGUCUUGUCCUUUUCGUCAAGAAUGUUUGCUAAGGUAGAUAACUGAAUUAGAAUGUUAGCUGAUUGUUAAAAUUUCUUUACAGUUUAAUUUUGAAACUAUCUUUGGUUUGUAGGAACUGUGUCUCACGAAACGAGACAUUCUGAUUAGUAGCACGUAUUUCACUUACGAAUGUAUUCAUUCUGGUGUGCUGGCAUGGAUGUGUCCCUAAAGAGUUUACUCUAGUAAACGAAAUUUCAAAAUCA